AAUUUAAAUAAUUAGUUUCUUAGUUUGUGCAAAAAAAAAAAAAAUACAAAACAAACAGCAACACUCAAACGCUUGCGAUUUUUUAUUGCGUUAACGCUCAGUAAAAACGAAAAAAAUUAAGAAAAUUACAAUAAACCUAAAAUAUACAAACCGGCUAAACGCUAAUUUUUUCUAUACAACGUACCAACAUUGUUUACAGCAGUGCAAAAAAUAAAUAAAUUGUGAAAGUUCAGCAAAACAAAAACAAAAAAUAAAAAAAAUAUUACGAAAACAAAAGUGUAAAGUGACAAAAUAAAUCACAGAAAAACAGAAAAGUAUAGUAUAAAGCUAGAAUAUAUCUACCUAUAUACCUACAUACAUACUAAAAAGUGUCCCAGUGUUACUGAAAACAACAAAAAAAAAAUAUAUUUAGAAAUUGUAAACACAAAAAAUCGGCGCUAGAAAAGCAGCAAAACCAGUGUGAGAAAUAUUAAAAAAGGAGUAAACAAAAGCAAAAAUAACAGUAAUAAUAGUAAUAAUAAGCAAGAAUAAAAAGAUCUUUACUAUUAUAUUAUUACAUUCUGCGAGUAAGAAAAGUGUAAAAAGCAAAACAAACAUACAAAACAACACACACACAUAAUUAUGUACAUGUAGAGUGUUUUGUAUAUAAGUUGUUGAUAUAUGUAUGUAUGUAUGUAUUUCUACUUAACUACAUACAACGCGCCGAACAAGUGAACACGUUCGUCACCGCGAUAAAAUUAUAUAUUGUAAAAAAGAAAAGUAAAAUCGCAGAGUAACAACAACAAAUUUUCGCGAUCAUUGUGCAUAUGACGCCGAUCUCAUUUUUCUCGUGCAACAAGCAGCAAACAAAAAUGCAAGCAAACCGCAACAAUAACAUAUUUAUGACAAAUAAACAACAACAACAACAACACCAACAGCAAGAGCAGCAAUAAUAAGCGUAUGGCAAGACAACAGCUGUAAAGAGAAUUGUACAAGAAAAUAACACUACAAUCGAUAAUUUCUUUGAGAAUAAGAUAUUGUAAAAACAGCGUGUGUAUGCUCAAACUUGCUUUUUAACUCACACCAACAUUUGCAUAUUAAAUAUUAAACAAAAACAAAGCCAAAUACAAAACGUAUGCCACUCAUACAAAAUAAAUAAUCUUUGAAAAAACAAAAGCUCUCCAUACCCGCAAAAAAAAAAAACAAAAAAAAUAAAUAAAUAAUAUUAACUAUACCCCAAAAAUUACCCGCAAAAUAACCAAUAAGUUAGUGCCAGCAGCCUUUUGAUUUUCGAAAGUUGUGAAAGCUUGUGAAUUUUAAGCGAAAGCUCACCCUUACAAGGCUUUAUGCAAAGUGAAAGUAAAUAAAGCCUAUAGCGUGCGCAAAUGAAACUGUAAAUCAGUUAAUGGUAUAUUGUAGCUACAUAUGUAAUUAAAAAAUAAUAAAAUAAAAAUUAAUAAAAUAUUAAAAAGUGCGCUUUUUAAGCUACCCAAUUGUUAAUUUGACGCCUGCUUCAUACCCUCUAAACCGUAUACAUAUAGAUACAUAGAGCAUACAAAUCCCUGGCUUAUAUAUUUUUAUUUAUACAUAAACCUCUACAUAUAUACAUAUGUAUGUACGUGUGUGUUUAGAGCAAAAGUGCGGUUAAAUGAUAUCAUAAAAGCUCCCCCAGCCUCCAGCCAUAUAUGUCUGCUAAUACAUACACACAUCCUUAUGUAAAGUUUGGUACAAUUGUUGUGCGCGCCGCUGCCUAUAGCGUAUAUGCCUGCGUAAACAUACAUAUAUAACUGUUAGUAGCAAUUGUUGACGAUCAAAAGUUUUGCCCAAAAGCUCCUUGUGCAUUAUUUUGUUGCUUGAGCGCAAUUACUCUGUCGCUGUGAACUGUAAACACGCAAAAACAACAAAAAAAAAACACAAAAAGCUCAAAACUCCACGUAAACACACUGCAACAACAGCAGCAACCUUACGAAGCUCCUAGUCAACGUGUUGCCAUAACGACGAGUUUACCGCGAUACGCGACGUGAACGGAACAAUUUAAAAAAAAACCUGAAGAAAGAGUCACCUACGACGCCAAUGUCAUAUGAAAUUUGCAUAAAAUUCAAAAAUUGAAAAUUCGAAAACUUUUGUUUUUUUUUGAACAAAAUUUCCAAAAACAAAUUUUUAUUUGACAAGUGUCGAUAAAAAUCUACAAGGAAGAAAUAAAUAUUUCCAAAAUAAGACCACGAAAACUCAAGAGAAAAUCAAUUAAAAGCAUUUGACCAUAAGUGAAAGCUCAACGGAAAAAGCUUACGCAGCGCAAUAACGAUUUAAAGCAGGCUUUAACAAGCAAACAAAUAUACAAUAGGUAGCGUAAACAAGCGAAACGAGUAUAACGAAGCGCUAAAUAUUAUUGCACAGCCUACUUUGACUACCACAAAGCAGGAGCAAGUAAAUUGAAUCAACAGCUACAAAGCUCUUUUUGAAAGCCAACUAAGAGUGAAGCGCAAACGUACAAAGUGCAUAGCGGCUGAGGCAUAGAAUUUCCUCUUUGUGAUAGCAAGAUAACAAAUAAACAUACAUUUGGACUCAUUUAACUCCAUACAUACAUAUUACAUAUUUCUCCUCUACCUAAGAAAUAAGGAAAAUUUAAAUUAUAUAAAAUCCAAUAAUCACCCGUUCCAAGUAACACUCGUCAAAUAAAAAUAAAAAAAUUAUAAUAAUAAUAAAUUUUAAUUAAUUGAAUUAAAAUAUUGUUUAAUAAAUACUCAUCAAAAAGCAAACAUAGCAACACAACAACAUAAACCAACUAUAAAAAUGGCAGCUGUCGUCCAUGUGAAUAGCUUAUUGAAUGGCAAAGAUUCGCGUUGGCUCCAAUUGGAGGUAUGUCGUGAAUUUCAGAGGAAUAAAUGCUCCCGCCAAGAUACCGAAUGUAAAUUCGCACAUCCCCCCGCCAAUGUUGAGGUGCAGAAUGGAAAGGUGACCGCUUGCUAUGACAGCAUUAAGGGUCGUUGUAAUCGUGAUAAACCGCCGUGCAAAUAUUUUCAUCCACCACAACAUUUGAAGGAUCAAUUAUUGAUAAAUGGACGAAACCAUCUUGCCUUGAAGAAUGCAUUGAUGCAACAGAUGGGUAUGGCAACUGGACAGCAAGUCAUACCGGGACAAGUGCCAGCAGUGCCUUUUAUCUAUUCACAGGCCACAAAUCCCUACUUAACCGGCAUACCGGCAAAUCCAUACCCCAGUCCAUAUUAUGCGCCCGGAACUUUAGUGCCUGCAUUACUCGGACCAGAUCACACACAAUUGGGUCAGGUGGUGCCACAAACGGUGCAGGUGGCACAACAGAAAAUUCCACGUUCUGAUCGAUUAGAGGUAUGCCGUGAGUUCUUGCGCGGCGCCUGUAAGCGCGCCGAGUCGGAGUGUCGCUUUGCGCAUCCACAGGAUAGCGUCGCUCGGCACGAUGACGGUUCGAUAACGGUAUGCAUGGAUGCCGUGAAGGGCCGUUGCACGCGCGAUCCAUGCCGCUACUUUCAUCCCCCCUUGCACCUGCAGGCACAAUUAAAAGCGGCUCAAACGCGCGCCACUGCUGUCGCUACUGCGCACCAUCAUUCGACCACCACAAUACCGUCCUCAGCUGCCGUCGUCGCCGCUGCAGCCGCUGCUGCCCAACAACAAGCGGCCGCCGCUCAAGCCCAGGCUCAGGGUACAUCGCAGACGAAUGCCGCUAAUGCUGCUGCCGUCGCCGCUGCCGCUGCGCUCGCUAUGGGUGCAGCUGGCGGUGGUGUGGCGGCGAGCAGUGGUGCUCAUCAUGCACAGCAUACUCAUCAUCAUCAUCACCAUCCACAGCUGGAGGUGGGCAAGAAACGUGCCGCCGCGGACAAUGACAUGUUACAACUGAUGGAUGUUAAAACGGUUGGUUCAUUUUACUAUGAAAAUUUCGCUUUCUCCGGCAUGGUACCGUUCAAGCGUCCCGCUGCUGAAAAAUCCGGUAUUCCAGUGUAUCAACCCGGCGCGACCACAUACCAACAACUCAUGCAACUGCAACAGCCGUUCGUACCAGUGUCAUGUGAGUACCAAUCUCAAAAUGGUGGGGCGCCUUUAGUGAGCGCCACUACCAACACUACUAUGUCCAAUUUGAGUACUACUUCUACUACUACUACCACUUCUACUACUACUACUACUAUUGUCAAUAUGAACAAUUUGAAUAUGAAUCCAUAUAAUGCAACAGCAGCUGCUGCUGCCGCUGCCGCUGCCGUCGUAGGAGGUGCCGCUGUGGGUACGACAACAACAACAACAACAACAACAACAACAAUACCGACGGCUGCUAAUUUGUUAGGUGCUAGUAUAACUACACAACACAGCCAACAGCAGCAACAACACCUACAACAACAGCAUCCCUAUCACCAACAACAACAACAACCACAACAAUUGUUACAUAGCCAACACUUACAGCAGCAGCAACAACAACAUUUGUUGCCGCCGCCACCACCAAACACCACCACCACGACCACCACAAAAUCCAUCAACACCAAUGCAACAAUAUCGACAACAACAACAACCAAUGCCACCAAUUAUCAUUUACACCAUCAUUAUAGUAGUAGCAAUAGCACCCUGUAUAAUAGUAGUAGUCAUAAUAGUAAUAACACCAACAAUAAUGACAAUAGCAACCAUAGCAACAACAACAACAAUACUAGUAACGAUCUAACCAAUCCAACAUCCUCUUCCUCUUCCCCCUCCACUCACAAUUCAUCCCUUCAUGCAGAUUCACACAUAACACAAGCGGAAACAGAUACACCAAUGGCAACAAAAACAACUGCAACAACAACAACACCAGCUGCAGAUGUUAGUAGUUUGUAUGAGACAAGUAGUAGUAACGGUAAUGGUAAUAACGGUAAUAGCAACAACGAUAGCGAAAGUAGAGAUGACCCAACAACGCCACCACCAACAACAACACGCGCAUCGCCGUCUUCGUCGCCAACAACAAAUUCUUCUUCAACAUAUUUGCCGUAUAAUAACGGUAGUAAUGGCAAUGAUGGUGCUAGUGUCAUAAACAACAACAACAAUAAUAAUAAUAACGUAUUAUAUGCAAAUAAUAAUAUUUUGAGUAGUCAAGCUAGUAGUAAGUUAGCGUCCACAACAACAUCAACAACAACAAACGUGACAGCAGCAACAGUUGCUGGUGAUAGUGAAAUUGUUGAUGGCGCCGCUGAUAUCGAAGCAGCAAUAAUAACAACCGCCUCUGUUAACGUUGCCACCAAUACAACAACAACCAACGCCAGCGCUGUUGCUAUUGCUGGUACGUACACUACUACAACAGUAGCAACAACAACAACAACAACAACAUCAGCAUUCUCACUAACAUCGCCACAAAGCACAGCUAAUGCUACUAGUAGUAGAUUCGAGAAGGAGACUAGUGAAGAAAGUUAUAUUAACAACAACACCAGCAAAGCUUAUUACACCAACAAUAGCCACAACAGCAACAACACUAGCUAUAGUAAAUACACUUACAAUGCUGCCGCUAACCAAUACAGCGUCGCCAAUUCACCCGUUAAGUACACAACUCACAAAACGUCCAGCGCCGGCGCUGCAAAUGACGCGGCGCACGCCACUUACGCCGCUUAUGCCUAUCAAGCACAAGCUGCACACGCGCAUGCUGCUGCAGUUGCUUCAGCCGCCGCCAGUGCAAGCACAUCAUCUUAUCCGUCCACCAGUUUGGCUAACGGUUCUAAUACUGACGCGCACACCUAUAGUGCCUAUAAUGGCUUGAAUGGGCACACCACCAAUGCCGCUGCCGCCGGCAUUUUGCCUACGCCGCACUCAACCGCUACAACUGCAGUGUCCGCAGCUUCGGCGGCAGCCUAUCAGCAGGCGCAUCAGCAGCAGCAACAGCAAAUGUUGCGUCUCUAUCACCAAUACGCUGGCGUGCCCACAAGCGCGGCCACUUCUUAUGCUAAUUUGCUUGCCGCCUCUCAUGCUGGUUAUGCCACACCCACCACGACCAUGGCGCACAUGUCGGCCGCAAGCGGGUUAACUUCAUACGCCGCUUCGGCUUACGGUUUGACUGCUUCAUCGGCCGCUGCCACCAGCACGCUAACACCUACGUACGCUUAUAGCGCUUAUGGUAGCGCCACGCCUACAGCCUAUUAUGCCGAUGCCAGCGCUUUGGCCAAAGAUGCCGCGCAGAAGAGUUAUGCUAUGAAAAUGGCCGCCGCUGUUAGUGCUAACCAAUUGAGUGGCAAGCCGCUAACCGCCGCCGCUGCCACUGGCAUGCCCACCGCAGGUACUUACGCUGGCUUGCAGUUGGGUAAAACUUAUAUGGCCACUUUGCCGGGUAGUGCUACCGCUAUCGUUGCACAACAACAACACGCUGCGCUCCUGCACGCCCAACAGGCGGCGCAGAGUCAGCAGAUGGCUGCCGUUGCUGCACAACAGCAGGUAGCUCACGCGCAGCAUGCCGCUGCUGCCGCUGCAGCUGCGCACAUGCAACGUUCGACAUUAUCGGCAGGAUCGCUACCUAGCUCGGGUAUGUCUACGCCUGUGGGUACGCCUGUACAUACAGCCACUCCCGGGGUCGCUGCAGGUGGUCUACUUACGCGUCCCUCUUCUGCCGCUGGCAGUUACCUGACCGCUGCUUCCAUGCGUCCCCAGGCUGUGCAGCUGGCUGCCGCGCCCAGUGUCGCUGCUGCUAGUAAUCCACAAUAUGCUGCCGCCGCCGCAGCCGCUGCCAUGCAACAGCAGGGUUUCUUCUAUCCAGCUGGCAUGAUGGCCGCGCCUGCCACAGCCGCGUAUCCAUACGCAACAAUUGGCUUGCCAACGGCGACAGGUUUACCAGCCACGCUGUCUGGCAUGACAGCAUCGCCUGCUAGUGCGACGGGUAGUGCCAUGGUGCUGAAUCCCUACAAAAAAAUGAAAACCUCGUAAAGCGUUUGGCGUUUUCUCACGCGGCGGGAGAAUGCGUAUCAGACCCAAAGAUUUACCAAACAAAAACAGAUAUGACAUAACCCAUUCACUAGCUAAGUCCAGCAAUAUGCGACCAAGCGCUGCGUUACACCCUUUUUAUUUAAAGAAAAAGAUUCCGUGAGAACUUUUUCUUUGUGGCGCUGUCGUCAAAAGUACAUGUACUUAAAAAAAGCUACUUAGUAAAAAUUUAUAAGGGUAAUAAAUUUGACUUAAAAAAGAAAAAUUGCAAAAAUAUUGUGCCUCUUUAUAGGUAUAACCUAAAUUAAAAGCUCUCAUAAGCCUUAAAAAGCUUAAGCGCGAGUGAGUACUAGACUUAUACGAGAAUAAAGAAAAUAUACCACAACGAAAUCAAUACAUACUGAGCCCCAAUUACUUAAAUACUUAAUGUGACUUUAAACAGUAAUGAGCUUUCAUUUACACGUCAAAGCUUACAUGCUUACCUACCUACAAAAAUAUUUAAAAAGUAUAAAUGAAAAGCACUUUAAUUAAAUACUUGAAAUUGACUUUACAGAAGCACUAAGGCAGUUCUAACAACCUCAAAAGCUCUACAUUUAUUAUGAUAAAGAAAAAUAAUCUAAGCGUUUUUGACUAAAAGCUCGAAAAGCUAUAAAGAUUUUAAGCUAAACAAAGUUCUUUGACUGGCAAACUCCCAGCCCAAUUCAUGCCAUUGAUACCAAUAAUUUAUGUAUAUUUUAAUUUGUAACUUUCAAAUCGCCAUUAAUUGCAUUAAGUUAUAAAUUUAUAUAAAUAAGCAUGCGAGCUUUCAGCAAAAAAAAAUGUUACUGGUUAACUAACAUUGAAAAAGUAUAUUAAGCAUAAAUCAUGGCAAAAAUACGCUAACUAGAAUUUUAUGUGACUUGUUCUAUUCAAAUUCUGAAGCUCUGAACUUUCAAAAAGCUCAGUUGGUGUACUUAAAAGCCUUUAUUUCAGGCAAAAUACAAUAGAAUCAAUAGAAUAUGCUUUCACUUAAAAACUCUGCAUAGAAAGUGAAGCAUGUUAGAUAAUUGCACAAUGAUUUCUACUUUCAUAAAACGUUCCUAUGAAGCCAUAAAAAAUGCUUACUUUUUUCGUUUUACUAGUAAACAAAAGAAAAGCUUGCAAAAAAGCUAGUGUUAGUUUAAAUUAUCCAUAAGUUUCCUUUUUAGAUUUAGGCAUGUUCCUUUUAAGCAGCAAUCCAGAGGGUUAUGUUGCGAAUUACACAAAAUGAAAGCUUAAUAAACUUACUUAAAUAUAAAAUAAUAAAAACAUCCUCUAUAAGCGCUGUAUUGGUUAGUGUUGCAAAGUACUUAAAAAUUUAUUUUUAAUAAAGAGUGAAAGCCUCUAGUGAAAGCCACACAAAACUUAUGAAACUAAAAGCAGAAAUCCCAGAAAACUAAUGAAAGUUUUAUAAAGCUAAAAAAAAUGAUUCAAAGCUAGCGAAAACCACACAACACUAGUGAAGGCUAAUCAAAACUGGCGCUAGCUAUAAAAAAAAACCGUAUGAGUAUACCAUACCAGCGAAAAAAUUAGUGACAACAAAAAGCUUCACAGCAGUAUUGAAAAUUUGUAUAGUACUUGCGAAAGCUUUUCACGAACUAACGAGAGCUUCAUAAAGCUUGUGGAAGCCUUAAUUAGUGAAAGCUUCCCAAAACUAGUCAAAGCUUCAUAAAACUAGCGGUAGCUUCAUUAAACUAGUGAUUGUUUCACAAAACUAGUGAAAGCUUUAUAUAACUGAAAAGCGUUAGUUUCAAAACAUUAAUGUGUGGAAACGAGUGACGGUGGGAGUGAAAAUAAAUGUGCUUUUCUGUGAGCUCAGACUUUGUUAAAGUAACACACACUCCACUCUCUCACUCAUUUUACAGUUGUGCGCCACUCACUAUCUCUCUCUCUCUCUCUCUCUCUCUCUCUCGCUCUCUCUGAAACGCAUUAGUUAUUAAGAGAAGCUAAGUUAACUUAACAUUAAAUUCUUUCGCAGUGAUAGAGUUAGUAAUUGAUUUUUUUUUUUUUUUUUUUUUUUUUUUGUAAUUUUAUUUAUUACACUUAAUAGUUGUAAGUAGAUUUUAGCUCCUUCUUAUGCUGCUACAAAUAUAAUAUUUAGCGCGCUCUCUCUCUCUCUCUCUCUCAUACAAUAUUUUAUUGACGCUCACAUUACUUCUGUGUACGUUUCCGCUGUACACGAACAUUGUUGUUUUGUUUUUUUUUUUAGUUCAAACACCGCCUCGCUAGAAAGUAUUUGAGAAAAUUCGAUACUUUAUUGCUCAAACAAAUAUUUGUUUUUCCUAUUUUUUAAGUCACUCUCUACUACAAAUAAUUUAUUUAUUUUCCUUAUUACAAACUAGAAUUCUCCCUUGUUCCUUUGGUUAAUAUUUAUUUAAAUAUUUUAUAUGCAUAUUUUUAUGUGUACAACAACAACAACAAUUGCAACGAAUAUUAAGUAGUAAAAUGAAGCAUGAGCGCAAUGCUCUCUUGCGUUACACUGCGAAAAAAAUUGUGUAUAAAAAAAUAAAUUUAUAGAACACUUAAAGAAAUUGUAUUUAAUUGUGUUUGAAAUUAUAUUUGCAUUGGAUAUACAUAUAGUUUUUGUGUAUUUGUUUUAGUUGCUAGUUUAGCUUAGGUGUUUUUAAAUAGAUAAAAAAAUAUUUUGAAAUUAGUAUUAAAAAAAAUAUUAGCUAGUGUUUUGAAGCAUUUAAAUGCGUUUUUUUUUUUUCAAUUUAAAUUUGCGCUCAAAUUAUCGCUAGUGUGCUAGUUGUUAGAAUUUUUUUUUUUUUUAUAAUUAAAAAGAAUUGUUUUUUAAAAAAUUAAACGUAUUUUUUUGCAUUAAAAAUAAAUUAUUGUAUAUUCUUUUUUGUUAAAAAAAAUUGCUCACUUCUAUAAACUUAGAUCUCUUGUGAUUAUUUUGCAUAAUUUGUUUUGUAAUAAAUUUAAUAUUUUUUUAUUAUAAAAAUAGCGCCUUACGAUAUAUGUACGACUACGUAUUUCUUUAACCGUUACUACCUUAAUGAUUUUUUUUGUCAACAUUGUUGUCUGCUUAAAUAGUAUGAUACCAUGAAGGCCAGUGUAUUUGUGUUAUUUAUUUUGUUUAAGUUGUAACUUUUGCAAUUAAUUUUAAAUAUAUUUAAUUAAUUUUGU